ACUUUACCCCUGAAGUUGGAUACAAAUAAAAAUGUAGCCUGUCUUACUCCGUACAGUACACACUAAUACGUUCGAUUUUCAGGUCAUUUAUUUCCUCAACAGCACAAAACUCGAAGGCGUUCACAAAACUACAGCUGCAUUCCGCUCGGUUUGCAUUCAUGAACUACGUUAACGUUACCACUUUUCUCCGGAAUCUUGCUGUUCAGCGUAAAGUACAAACCCUUAGAAUGUCUUUUGCUGUUCACGAAAACGUGAAGAAUUAUUAUGGCUCACGGCUGGAGACUUCGGAUGACUUGCAGACCAAUGCUGCAUGUGUCAUGCCCUCCAGACCUCUGCCCAAGAGUGCGUGUGAAGCCCUGAAACAAGUCCACCCAGAUGUUUGCAAGAGGUAUUUCGGCUGUGGUCUGGUGAUUCCAGAGAAGCUGGAAGGAUGUACGGUUCUUGAUCUGGGCAGUGGAUCGGGCAGAGACUGCUACGUCCUCAGUAAACUGGUGGGGGAGAGAGGUCGAGUCAUUGGACUGGAUAUGACGGACGAGAUGAUAGUUGCCUCGCAAAAAUAUGUCCAGUACCAUCAGGAGAAGUUUGGAUACUCAAAACCAAACACUGUGUUUGUGAAAGGAUACAUGGAGAAGCUCAGUGAUGCAGGGAUACAGAACAACUCUUUGGAUGUAGUUGUGUCAAAUUGUGUGAUAUGUCUGUGCCCAGAUAAGAGGACUGUGAUAAGUGAAGCUUACAAAGUUCUGAAGGAGGGCGGAGAGUUGUACUAUAGUGACAUGUAUGCAAGCGAAGUAGUUCCAGACUCUUUCAAGGAAGAUCCAGUUCUGUGGGGUGAGGGAAUGGCUGGCGCCCUCUACUGGCGGGAUCUCAUCACUCUGAUGAAUGACAAAGGCUUCAGCACUCCCCACCUGGUUGCAGGCAGUCACAUUGUGGUUCACAACCCAGAAAUUCGAAGAAAGACUGGUGAUGUUAAAUAUGCAUCUGGAACUUACCGGAUCUUUAAACUGCCUCAAAACUCCAUCAAGACCAGAGCGCUGGUCACAUAUAAAGGCACCGUGCCUGACUGCGCUGAAUGUUUUGAGUUUGAUGCCUCUCAUUCCUUUAAGACAAAUGCCCCAGUGGAGGUGGGUGCAGAGAUGGCCGCCAUCCUCCAGAACACCCGUUUCUCUACAGACUUCAAUAUCACAAUGUUAGACACUCCAGAUACAGACCAGAGCAGUACUCCGCAGUAUUGCCACCUUAGCCCAUUCCUUCUGGCGGAUAAACUGGGUUCCUCAGUCAAACAGUGCUCGAAGACAGGACACUAAGGCAACCGGCGGUGUUUAAGCGAAGCUCCUCAGACUUAGCACAUCUCCGCACAGAUGAGCUGAGAGGUCAAUGAGUUUCUGGGCUGCCACAGCGACUGCCAAGUACAACCAGACACACUCUAUCAGAUGCAUUAUAAAACUGUUGAAACUCUGUCUCUUUCUCUCGCUCUGCUUCUCUCUCACACACCGAAUACAAAAUAAAUACACCCUUUUAUUACUUUCAAAAUGCUUUU